GGGGCGGCCCCGCAGACGGGCCCCCGGCGCCGGUUCCCGCAGGCGCUGAUCGUGGGCGUGAAGAAGGGCGGCACCCGCGCGUUGCUCCAGUUCCUGCGGGCGCACCCCCACGUGCGCGCCCCGGGCACCGAACCCCACUUCUUCGACAGGUCCUACCACAGGGGGCUGGCCUGGUACAGGAACCUGAUGCCACGGACCCUGGCCGGCCAGGUGACCAUGGAGAAGACACCCAGCUACUUCGUGACCCAAGAAGCCCCGCGCCGCAUCCAUGACAUGUCCCGGGACACCAAGCUGAUCGUUGUGGUGCGCGACCCGGUCACCCGGGCCGUGUCCGACUACGCCCAGACGCUGGCUAAGAACCCGGCCCUGCCCAGCUUCCAGGCCCUGCUCUUCCGCAACGGGAGCGCGGGGCCGGUGGACGCGGGGCCGGUGGACACGGGUUGGGGGGCGGUGCGCAUCGGCCUGUAUGCCAGGCACCUGGAGCGCUGGCUGCUCUUCUUCCCCCUGGCCCGCUUCCUCUUCGUCAGCGGCGAGCGGCUGGUCAGCGACCCCGCGGGCGAGCUGGGCCGUGUGCAGGACUUCCUGGGCCUCCCCCGCGCCUUGACCGCCCGCCACUUCUACUUCAAUGCCACCAAGGGCUUCCCCUGCCUGAGGACGCCCCCCGGGGUGGGGGUGGGGGCCGGGGUGGGGGGUGGCCGGCGGCCACGCUGCCUGGGCCGCUCCAAGGGGAGGCCGCACCCGCCGAUCGAGGCCUGGGUCAUCCAGCGCCUGCGAGACUUCUAUAGGCCCUUCAACCUCAAGUUCUACCAGAUGACCGGGCAGGACUUCGGCUGGGACUGA